UGUUUUUUAAAACCUAAUAUUUCUCUCCUCCCCUCUUUCACCCACUGCCGCCGGCGGUGAACUCAACCAGCCCACUACGCCCUCCGUUCUCCAUCCCCCCCCCCCCCCCCCCCGCCAACUGCCCAGCGCAACCACCACUUCGUCUCCCUCUCUCUCUCCAACAGCCGCCGCCGCCACUGCCACCUUCACCGUGCACACCAGCCCGCACACCACCACUCCACGACCCCACUGCCCAACAACUUCCUCUCCUUCCACCAUCUUCUCCGGCAGAGUUAGAGGUUGAACAUUGAAAGAAUGGCUGAAGGUGGAGAAGAGGACUUGCCAAGGGAUGCAAAAACUGUUAAAACAUUGCUAAAAUCAAUGGGUGUUGAUGAAUACGAGCCUCGAGUUGUUCAUCAAUUUUUAGAACUGUGGUAUCGAUAUGUUGUUGACGUACUCACGGAUGCUCAGGUCUACUCAGAGCAUGCAGGGAAGGCUUCCAUUGACUCCGAUGACGUCAAGCUUGCCAUUCAGUCGAAAGUUAAUUUCAGCUUCUCACAACCCCCGCCACGUGAGGUCCUACUGGAGUUGGCUAGGAACAGAAACAAGAUCCCAUUGCCGAAAUCAAUUGCUGGGCCUGGAGUACCACUCCCUCCUGAACAAGAUACAUUGAUCAACCCUAACUAUCAGCUAGCCAUUGCAAAGAAGCAAAUCAGCCAACCAGAAGAAACCGAGGAAGAUGAAGAAAGCGCUGAUCCCAACCCAGCCGCAGGCACAAAUCCAAGUAUUUCUCAUGAAAAGGCAGACGCUCAAGGUACUCCUCAACGAGUAUCCUUUCCCCUUGGCGCAAAACGUCCAAGAUGAUGUUUUAUGGUUGAUAACCUUUAGUCAGAAGAGCCUAUGUAUUUAAUUAAGGACAUUGUAUCAUUGUUGUUUAAUCAUAGAUUAUGAAAUUAUAAGAUCCUUCUUUAGCAGUGAGUAUUAGUUUAACUGGCCCUCUGCCCAGCAGCAUUUAUAGACACAAUGGGGAGAGAGUUGAGCUGUGGAACGAAGAAUUAUUUUGGCAUUAUCAAUAGUUUUCCAAAAUAUUAAUCUGAUAAUGGUCAUUCUGUGGAA